AUGCCAACUCUGUCCGCGGCGCCUGAGCAGAGUUCCGGCGGCCGCACCGACCGGCAGAAUAGUCACAGCAACGCCAUGAGCCCCGAGCAGGAGGCGAGUCCACCACCUGCCGCCCCGGGCGCUUCUCCUCCACCGCCGCCUCCGACGCGACUGCCCACACCAGUCAUGUCCCAAGAGGAUAUCAAUACCUCUGACGUUGAGCAGUUCGCCGGCAAGAUCGUCUACAAUCCAGAUGGCUCUGCCUACAUCAUCGAGGAUUCCGAAAGUGAUAGCGAGACCCACAUAGAACAGACCAACAUUCCCGAAAUUGUGCCACCUCUUCAGGCAGUGUACGUUUCUAGGCUACUGAGGCAGCCCGCCCGUCCUACGGAUCUUCCUGCUGUCCACAGCUACCGCGUUAUCGCGUUAAGAGACGCUAGGCCCCCAAGGCCUGCUUCUGUGCCAGUUAAACCUAUCUUAAUGUGUUUCGUUUGUAAGUUAAGCUUCGGCUUUGCUCGGUCUUUUGCGAAUCACGCACAAUCCGAACAUGGUGUAACUCUCAAAGAAAACGAACGAGAAGUUUUAGCAGCAGAUUGUUCGGCGAUAUUGCAAUGCGUAGGAGCAGACAAAAGGCCUAUGGUUUCGUUAUUGGAACCGCUUGGCUCAUCAAGUCAUGAACAUCACAAUUCAAAUCAAAUGGUUCCUGUUCACCCUGUACAAAGUCGAAAUGAAGGUCCUUCACCUAUGUCUGAAACGUCGCCAUCCUGCAACACGUCUCGAAAUACUCCAGGAAAAUCACCCUCACCUCCUUUCGUCGCACCUCCAGCAUUUAUGACUGGUACUACGAUAGGAGUUUGUCCUGAACAUCUUCAAGGAAGACCAUCUGGCGUUGAAUGUGCCCGCUGUGAAAUGAUUCUGGCUUCUGGAAGACUAGGGCCUGCCGGUUUAGCAAAUGUUCACAGCAGAAAUUCAUGCAAAACAUUGAAAUGUCCAAAAUGCAACUGGCACUACAAGUAUCAAGAAACAUUAGAAAUUCAUAUGAAAGAAAAGCAUCCUGAAGCAGAGACCAGCUGUAUAUAUUGUAUAGCCGGUCAACCUCAUCCACGAUUGGCAAGGGGAGAAACUUAUACAUGUGGUUAUAAACCUUAUCGAUGUGAAGUUUGUAACUACUCAACGACAACCAAAGGAAAUCUUAGUAUACACAUGCAGUCAGAUAAACAUUUAAAUAACAUGCAAGAAUUACAAAAUGGAGGUGGACCAAAUACAGAAAGUCGGCAGUCGUCUCCUAAAGCACCACCUCUACAUCAUUCCCCAGUGAGCAGUGGCCAUAAGCCCAAACCUAGUUUUAGGUGUGAUGUCUGCAAUUAUGAAACUAAUGUCGCACGAAAUUUAAGAAUACAUAUGACAUCCGAAAAGCACACUCACAAUAUGCUAGUAUUACAACAAAACGUAAAACAUAUGCAAACGUUAUCUGCAUUGCAUCAUCAACAACACCCGCAACAACACAUGGAAAGUUUAUACGGAAUCUACCCUGGAUUGGGUGAUAAACCUGAAGCAGCUUUAGCUGAUAUGGCAUAUAAUCAAGCUUUACUCAUACAAAUGAUGACUGGUGGCCAAUUACCAGGACAUGCAGGUCCGGCAGAUAUGUCGGCACAUUCAGAUCUGGGUCUUAAUCCAGAGACAAUGGAACCGCCUCCAGAACCAGCGGACCCUGAUCCAGAUAAAACGUAUCAAUGUUGUGUAUGUAAUAUUUUCCAAAGUGAUAGCCUAGAAGAGCUUGGAAGGCAUUUAGCAUUAGACCGGACACGGCUACGAGAACAAGAAAUUCUUGCAGUUGUAGCUGGCCACUAUGUGUGUAAGCUUUGCACGUACAAAACAAACCUAAAAGCUAAUUUUCAACUCCAUUGUAAGACUGAUAAGCAUCUCCAGAGACUGCAACACGUAAACCACGUCAAAGAAGGAGGUCCGAGGAACGAAUGGAAGCUCAAAUAUGCUUCAGCACCUGGCGGAGUUCAAAUUCGUUGUAACGCUUGUGAUUAUUAUACCAAUUCAGCACACAAAUUGCAGCUACACGCAGCCGCAGGAAGACAUGAUGCUGGUGUUGCUUUAAUGAAACAUCUCGUCGAAAGAUGUUCUAACCUGAAUCAUAACCAAUCCAAGGUUUACCAUUGUUCUUUAUGUGGAUUCUCAGCUACUACUAGACUACCUCUUUUACAACACGUCCGAUCAUUAAAACACCUGCAUAUGGAACAACUCCAUCAACUUCAAAGGCGAGCGGAGGGUAAAGAUAAUAGUCCAGAAAUUGGAGAAGUUUUCCACGUCGUCGCUGGACCCGUUGAACAAACACAACAACAACAACAAACACCUGAGCGAAGAGAUAGUAUCAAUUUGGAACUAAGUCAGAUUGAAGCGAGUCGAGAGCAAGUCAAAUCCGAACCACGAGAAGAAAACGACGAAGCUAAUAAUAGCGAGAGUGGCAAUUCUCAGCACAUGUGCCCGUUCUGUGAUUAUAGUAGCGAUUCUGAAAUGCGCAUUCAAGCACAUAUUCUCGCCCAACACGGUACAAAUAACACUUCCAUGCCUGAACAACCCCCAUUGCAUUGUCCUCUGUGUCAGGAUGUUUUUAAAGAUCGAUUAUUACUCGAACGUCACGUUAUGCAGAUACACUCUGUAAAUAGCGAAGGUCUGCAGCGAUUGCUUAUGCUUGUCGAUCAAAGUCAUUGGUUGAAUCAGACUUCUCGAACUCCAACUCCGAACAAUUCGAUUAAUCAGUCGCAGACGACACCUAAUCAAAUCGUAUCACCAAAUUCAGUGUCUUCCAAAGAAUCCAACAAGUUCGAGAAAACCGACAUAAGCCAAAUUGAUGUCGAUUUACUCUCGCCUAAUAGUGACGAUAAUACCGAGUCAGAGUCUGAACGAUGUGGCACGUGUUUUAGGACGUUUCGAAAUAUAGACGAAUUAUGUUAUCAUCAGAACGAAACCGGUCAUUUAGAAAUAAAACAGACUCCCAGUGGGCCGGGAUAUCUAUGCUGGAAAAAGGGUUGUAAUCAUUUUUUUCCUACUGCACAUACAUUACAAAUGCAUUUUAAAGAAGUUCAUGCCAAAAAUUCAAUAGCAAAUAUGUCUGUUUCUGAAAAACACGUAUAUAAAUAUAGAUGCAAUCAGUGUUCUUUGGCUUUUAAAACGUUAGAAAAACUACAAUUGCAUUCUCAAUAUCACAUGAUUAGGGACGCCACAAAAUGUGUUUUGUGUGGUCGAAGUUUUAGAUCACUUGUAGCAUUGCAUAAACACGUUGAAAGUGUUCACUCCGAAUUAACAGACGAAGAAUUAAAUGCAUAUAAACAAAGUCUAAUGAACAAUCCCUUAUUACUGGCCGGAUUGCAAGGACAAGUUUUAGAUAGUUCAACAAACGAUAUAUUAAAAAAGGAAUCUCUACGCACUGAAGAUGAUUCCGCAGAAUGUGACGAGAGUAAAGAGUUAAACAGUAGUCAAUCGGUUGAUGAUAUUAAUCAAAAUGACGGCGAAAACUCAGAUGACAGUAUCAUAUAUAAAGAUCAACAAUUCUUGGAAGAUUACCUGAAUAGUCAAGCUAUCGCAGAAGACAGUUAUAACGAUCCAAACAGAAAAUAUAAAUGCCACCGUUGUAAAGUCGCCUUUACAAGACAAAGUUAUUUGACCGCUCACAAUAAAACCCUUUUACACCGAAAGGGUGAGAAAUUAAGUUACCCUAUGGAAAAAUAUCUCGAUCCUAACCGACCCUAUAAAUGUGAUGUUUGUAAAGAGAGCUUUACUCAAAAAAAUAUACUUCUUGUUCAUUAUAAUUCUGUGAGUCAUUUGCAUAAAUUGAAGAGAGCAAUGCAAGAACAACAAAAUAAUAAUAAUAACCCACCUGUCUCGCCCGUUAUGAGCGGUACACAGCCGCAAAAUUUAACUUUAACCCCUAAAAGUACGUCGUCUGAAGAAGACGAUAAAAAGAGAUAUCGGUGCAAUAUUUGUAAAGUAGCAUAUACACAAGGCAGUACAUUAGAUAUACAUAUGAGAAGUGUUUUACAUCAAACGAGAGCGAGUAAAUUACAAGAUUUGGCACUGUCCGGUCAGAUCGACCUGUCGAAACCAUUAAUAGAACAACCCGAAGCCAUGCAGUCUCCGAAACAAAACAGUCCGGCGCCAGGUAGUGGGGACAAACAACCCUCUCCCACCCCACCAUCACCUGGGCUCUCAGGUAGUCAGGGGAUGAUGAGUUGUUCUAAGUGCGGUGCACUAUUCGGUUCGCAAGAUCAGUUGAGUGCCCAUCAGCAGCUGUACUGUAUGUUUGCAACGCCUAUGGCGAUCUUUCAAGGGGCGCACGAACCAAGUCAAGCUAAGAGUCCACCUCCGAGCGAUAAUCCAGAGGGCGGUAUAAAAGUAAAUAUUAUACCGAAAAAAUCAGGCUCGCAUAUGUAUAAACAUUUACUUGAAAGUUUCGGAUUUGAUCUAGUUAUGCAAUACAACGAAAGCCAUCAACGGCGACAGCGACAACAACAGCGAGAAGCGGAAGAAAAUGCCGCCGCCGCCAAUGUAGUGUUACAUUCUUCACCGCCCCCAGUCCAGACAGUCCCGCAGGAGCCGCCCAGUGAGACGGUGCCAGUAGCCGCUGAGGGUGCCGAGACAAAGGCAGAGGAGGACAUAGAAACCAACCUACCUGAAGUAAGUAAAUCUACGUGCCAACAUUGCAAUAAAGAGUUCUCUAGUGUGUGGGUGUUAAAAUCUCACUGUGAAGAAGUUCAUAAAGAUUUAGUGCCACUAGAAUUCUUAGAAAAAUAUGCUCAACAGUUCAAAACCGAAUACGAAAAGAAAACGGUGGUGGUGACAGCGGCGACUUCCUCGACCCUCAACACCGUGCCCACAGUUUCAACUCCUGGUGCAACUCCAUCCAGUUCCUCCACGGCGGUGACGUCCAGCCCUACUGAAAAUUCCACGCCAGAGAAGACGGAUGAAUCUAAAGAAACUUUACAUGCCAAACUAAACCUACAAACUCCACCAGAGGCUACUUCCACGGCCCCUUCGACACCGACUUCGUCGACAACUCCUGCCAGUAGUACCGAUUCAUUACCAGCCAAUAUUCAAGCCAUGAUAGCUCAAAGUAUGGCACAAAAUCCCGUGGCUUUGGCCCAACAAAUGUCAGAAAUGCAGGCAGCCCUAAACGUCAUGCAGCUUCAACAACUUAAUUUCAAUCCUAUGAUGCAGAUGAUGGGUAUGGGAUUACCGUUAGGAUUAAACGCUUUGGCUGCGAUGAAUCUUCAGCCGCCUCUGGUGCCAUUGAUGAUGCCGCCUCCGCCGUUCGAUCCAAUUUCACAGUUCGGACCCCAGGAUCAACAAAGUAUGAUGGCUAAACAACAAGCUAUGAUGCAACAACAAGCCGUUGUCAGUGCAGCAGCUAAUCAGAAACGAGCGAGAACGCGCAUUACCGACGAUCAACUGAAAAUUUUACGUGCUCACUUCGAUAUCAACAAUUCGCCGUCGGAAGACCAAAUUCACGAGAUGGCAUCACAAAGUGGCUUACCGCCGAAAGUUAUAAAACAUUGGUUUAGAAACACAUUGUUCAAAGAAAGGCAGCGUAAUAAAGAUAGCCCGUACAAUUUUAACAAUCCGCCGUCAACUACAUUAAAUUUAGAAGAAUACGAAAAAACUGGUGAGGCUAAAGUAAUGCCCUUGAACAGCUUAGGGAGUAGUAUUGAAGAGAAUAAGUCAAAAGAAUCACCAAAACUUUCCCAAGAAAUAAAACAUGAAUUAAAAGAGGAACCUAUCGAUGACUUCCCAAAACUAAACGAUGACAAAGUACAAGAACCUAUAGACGAAAAACCUAACAUAUUUAACUUACCAGUAAACUUGCAACAAGCACAAAGUCCAGCGACGUCUGUUGCCAGUUCAGAUAACCAAAGUGUAUCACAACCAAGUACACCGAAUAAUCUUACCCUGACUUCAAUUAUUGCAUCUCAGUUAGGUGAUACCUUAACUACGAGUACACCUACUAUGAAUAUGGCCAGCUUAUCAUCCCAUCAUGGUCUUACAAGUCCUAUGUUGCCGCCUCCUAAACUUAACCAACAAAAUUUUCCUAAUCCAAACAAUCUUCAGGGAAUGCUACCCCUUACUCCUAACCGGUGCCUAAGCCCUAGCCGAGACUACAGCAAUCCUGGAAGUCAAGGAUCUGGAGGUUCAACUGGAAAAAGAGCAAACCGUACUAGAUUUACCGAUUAUCAAAUAAAAGUACUACAAGAAUUUUUCGAAAAUAACGCUUACCCAAAAGAUGACGAUCUUGAAUAUCUAUCUAAACUAUUAAAUCUUAGUCCAAGAGUUAUAGUAGUUUGGUUUCAAAACGCUCGCCAAAAAGCACGAAAAGUAUACGAAAACCAACCAGCAGUUGAGCCCGCACCUGGAAUUGACGAAGCUGGAGCAAAUAGAUUUCAAAGAACUCCUGGACUAAAUUACCAAUGCAAAAAGUGUCUACUGGUAUUCCAAAGAUACUACGAACUAAUUCGACAUCAAAAAACGCACUGCUUUAAAGAAGAAGAUGCAAAACGUUCAGCACAAGCUCAAGCAGCAGCAGCACAAAUAGCCGCUGUAUUGAGUUCAGAAGAUUCAAAUUCAAGUACUACUGUAGAACAAUCUCAACAACAUCAGAUGCCCCCUCAAAGUGGAUUACCGAAUCUACCUCAACCCAACCUUACGCAAAGUCCCAAUCAUCCUACUGCUCCAACAACUCCUACUCCAAGCCAAGGAAACUAUCCCCCAACAUCUCCUUCCCCUUCCGAAUCCAAAGAAAGUACAUUUCAGUGCGAUAAAUGCAAUCUAGUUUUUCCCCGAUUUGAACUAUGGCGAGAGCAUCAACUUGUUCACUUAAUGAAUCCUAACCUUUUUCCAUCAUAUCCCCCAGAUUCUCCUUUUGGAAUCCUUCAGCAGCAUGCCCAACUACAACAACUAAACGCUAAUUUGGGGGAUAUAAAUAAGCAACAGAACAAUGUUGGGAAUAUACCUCAACAAAAUCUUCAGCAUCCUCUCAUCAAUAUGUUAAAUAAUGUUGCUGGGCAAAAAAGAAAAGUUGAUGAAUUUGAUGCCGAAAGUGACACUUCUGAUCAACCCAAAGAUAAAAGACUUAGAACCACAAUACUACCUGAACAACUAGAUUAUCUUUAUCAAAAAUAUCAGGUAGAAAGUAAUCCAUCCAGAAAAAUGUUGGAAAAUAUUGCAAGAGAAGUCGGUUUAAAAAAGAGAGUGGUUCAGGUAUGGUUUCAGAAUACCAGAGCCAGAGAAAGAAAAGGGCAAUUUAGAGCCCAUGCUCAAGUAAUUAAUAAAAGAUGUCCGUUUUGUCCAGCCCUAUUUAAAGUUAAGUCUGCCCUAGAAUCUCAUUUAACCACCAAGCACGCAGAUCAGUGUGCUAGAGGUGAAAUAAAUAUUGAUGCGUUGCCCGAUGAAGAGAUAAGCCUUGAAUCAGCACCAAGCUUGAGUUCAGGAGGCGAAAACAAAAAUCAACCUCCAAAUUCAAGCAUGGUACCCCCUCUAUUUCCAUCACUUCAUCCCGAUAUGGAGAAUUCCAUAAAAAAAUAUUAUGAAGAAAGUAUGAAACGGUAUAUUAAUGAAUUGCAAGCGCACGCUGCCGCGUCAAAUGGUGAUAAAAGUGAAAUAAAAUCGGAAAAACCUGAGGGUGGAGAAAUUCCUUUAGAUUUAUCUAAGCCAGUAGAUCUGUCUCGACCAAUGAAAGUUUCUAUGGAUCAUGAACGAAAUGUAUGUGAUCCAGGCCCAUUAACUGAUCUCAGCGAGCGUUCUUUAUGUGAUGAACGUAGCGACUCUAUGUCUGAAACUACGGAAUACUAUGACGAUGAAAGUAAUCCAACCUCACCUGCCAGUAGUACUCAAAGCAACACUCAGAAACAAAUGAAUAGCAGCGGGUCACAGGCUGGCAAUAAACGUUACCGAACUCAAAUGUCUUCAGUUCAGGUGAAAGCUAUGAAAAUUUUGUUCAAUGACUACAAAACACCUACAAUGGCUGAAUGUGAAAAUCUUGGAAGAGAAAUUGGUCUGCCCAAACGAGUUGUUCAAGUAUGGUUCCAAAAUGCACGAGCUAAAGAAAAAAAAAGGCAAGAUAGCGUUACAAAAAGCUUUAGGGCAAAACGAAGGAGAAACCAAUGCAAUGCCUGAUGACUGCAAGUACUGUAACUUCAAAUAUUCCCACAAGUACUCAGUACAAGAUCACAUCUUUACCAAAUCACAUAUAGCCAAUGUGAAGAUGCAUCUAGAAAACCAAAAUAAGGAUGUUGGUCCCGAGAACGAAUUCACUGUGCCAUCAAUACCUGGGGCUUCGGGUGCCGUUUCAGCCGAUUCCACCACCAACCCUCAGCAAAAUGUCAACAACAACAGCCACUACCAACUACUCCAAAUGUCUGGCGUGCAAAUGGGGAACAUGGCUAAAGGUGAACAGGAGGAGAAUCAAGAGAACCUCUUCCAGCAAUUCUACCAACUCGGCAACAAUGCAAACUACGGCGUUCAAAACCAGUACGUUCAUCAUGCGAUGUUUGGCGCUAAUGGCUAAUUUUUUUUCUAAAUUUUGAAUCCUCGGGAGGUAUCUGAAGUUAUCGGACUGGGACGAGAAUAAGUGGUAAACAGAAUCUGUGUCGUAAGAAGAAAGAGACUUAUAGUUCCAUGCCGAAAAAAAUAUUGUGAUAUUAUUUUGUAUGAUAAAAAACUGUUCAAAUGUUUGUAUAUAUUCUAUACAGCUAAUUGUAAGUUCCUAAUAGAUCUAUAAGCUGCUUCCUAUAAGUUAUGACUUUAAAUAAUUUAAAAACCUGUAAUAAAUUAUAUUUUAAUAAAAAC